AAACAUAUGCAAUUUUUUAAUUUUAUCAACUUGAACAACUAUUGGUGUGAUGCAGAGAAAAUCCCCCAACCCUAGCAUUAUAUAAACAAACAUGCCUUCAUGGUGACACCCCAAACAAGGCUAUGGCUUCCAUUCUCCCUCCAACCACCACCAAGACUACCACCACCUCCUCCACCCUCUAUUCUUAUCCCAUUUUCAAGAACACCUCUAAAAUUCCCACAAUUAGAAAGCAUAACCAUUCCUUCAAUGUGUCAUGCAGCAAAGCCAAAGAUAGUGACCCAAACCUUACUCCCCCCUCCCAAAAUACACAAACCUCCCUAGGGAAGUUUGAUAGGAGAAACAUGGUCAUUGGCUUAGGAGGCCUCUACGGAGCAGCCGGACUCACCGACACUGACCCACCAGCCUUGGCCGCUCCGGUCACCGCCCCGGAUUUAUCCAAAUGCGGGGCGGCGGAUUUACCCGCGGAUGCAAAACCGACCAACUGUUGUCCUCCAAAAACCAACAAAAUCAUCGAAUUCAAGCUCCCUCCUCCCUCCAACAUUUUACGAGUCCGACCCGCGGCCCAUUUAGCCGACGAAAAAUACAUAGCCAAGUUUUCUAAAGCCCUCCAACUCAUGAAAUCGCUCCCCGAUGACGACCCACGAAGCUUCAAGCAACAAUCCAAUAUUCACUGCGCUUAUUGCGAAGGCGCUUAUCACCAAGUCGGUUUUCCAAGCACAGAACUCCAAGUUCACAACUCAUGGCUCUUCUUUCCCUUCCAUAGAUUCUAUCUCUACUUCUUCGAAAAGAUUUUGGGAAUGCUGCUCGAUGAUCCAGCGUUUGCAAUUCCUUUUUGGAAUUGGGAUUCUCCGGCGGGCAUGAAAAUACCCGCCAUGUAUGCGGACAUAAAUUCGCCACUCUAUAACCGUCUCCGUGACGCCAAACACCAGCCACCGACAUUAAUUGACCUUGACUACAAUUUGACUGAUCCGAAAAAUGUCGAUGAGGAGAAGCAGAAGUUGAGAAAUCUAACUAUAAUGUACCGACAAGUGGUGUCGGGUGGGAAAACGCCUCGGCUUUUCCUUGGAAGCUCGUACCGUGCGGGAGAUGACCCGGACCCAGGUGCCGGGUCCCUGGAGAACAUCCCGCAUGGUCCGGUUCACAUAUGGUGCGGGGACCGCACCCAGCCGAAUCUAGAAGACAUGGGGAACUUCUACUCUGCGGGACGAGAUCCGAUCUUCUACGGUCAUCACGCGAACGUCGAUCGGAUCUGGACGGUGUGGAAGACAUUAGGAGGAAAACGAAACGAUUUCAAGGAUUCGGAUUGUUUGAAUUCAGAGUUCACCUUUUACGACGAAAAUGCUCAGCUUGUGACUGUAAAAGUAAAAGAGAGUUUGGAUCAUCGAAAACUCGGCUACGUCUACCAAGACGUGGAAAUUCCAUGGCUAAACGCUCGACCCAGUCCUCGUAUUUCAAUUUUUUUUCGAAAAAUAAAGAACAAGGCCGGGAUAGCAAUGGCGACAGAGACACUGGAUUCUGCUGCCAUUGUAUUCCCAAGAAAGCUUGAUGAGGUGGUGAAGGUGGUGGUGAAGCGGCCGACGAAGUCGAGGAGUGAGAGAGAGAAGGAAGAAGAGGAGGAGGUGGUGGUAGUGGAGGGGAUAGAGAUGGAGAGAGAUGUGUCUGUGAAGUUUGAUGUGUUUAUUAACGACGAAGACGAGGCGGCAAGUGGGCCGGAGAAGACAGAGUUCGCCGGAAGCUUUGUGAAUGUGCCGCGUAAACAUAAGCAUGACAAGAAGAUAAGGACUAGUUUGAGGUUGGGGAUAACUGAGCUAUUGGAGGACUUGGAAGCUGAAGAUGAUGAGAGCGUGCUGGUGACUUUGGUCCCUAGAUAUGGGUCUGAUGCUGUCACUAUUGGUGGUGUCAAGAUUGAGUUUGAUUCUUAAAUCAAAUUCUUGAAUAACAGUGUUCUAUGUGUUUUUGUAUAAUUUUUUUUUUAUUAUUAUAAAAAAAUUAAAAUAGACCAAGAA